GAUGUGAAAGCUUCAAAUGUUAUGUUUAGACUCUGAUCUUAAUGGUGGAAGGUUAGGGGAUUUUGGACUUGCUAAGUUUUAUGAUCACGGGUCGAUUCCUCAAACAACUUGUGUUGUUGGAACUGUAGGAUACCUUGCACCAGAGGCUACAAGAACAGGAAAGGUAACUACAAGCAGCGAUGUUUUUUCUUUUGGUAUUCUUAUGCUUGAAGUAGCCUGUGGAAGGAAGCCUCUAGAGCCAGAAAGACCACCUCAGGAGGUGAUUUUGGCAGAUUGGGUUCUUGAACGCUGGAAAAGCGGGCAAAUUCUUGAAACAAGUGAUCCUAAAUUGGAAGGUAAAUAUAUGGUGGAGGAAAUGGAAUUGGUUCUGAAGUUAGGCCUUCUCUGUGCUCACCCUAUACCAGCAGCUAGGCCUAUCAUGAGGCAAGUGGUGCAAUAUCUAGAUGGAAAGGCUAGCUUGCCAGAAAUACAAAUGGAAGCUUCUGGUCCUGGAAUUGGUUUGGUCACAAUUAGUCAACAAGUAGCUGGAGAUUGCAGUUUGUCAGUUCCUGAGUCUAAUGAUUAUUCUACAUUGUCUAUCACUGAAUCCAUUCUAAGUUGUGGUCGAUGAACGCCAAAAUUUUGCUUAGUGUUUGCAUCAAAUGAAUGAGGAAUUCAUUUCGUUUGCAGAGAAUGCCACUUGUAAAUGAAUCCUAAUGUUUAGUAGUAUAAUAACAUUGGCCAAGUCAUCUAAGUUUUCUAUAGUUCAAAA